UCCAUUGGCAAGAUUUUCUGCUGCAAACUUCUCAGCGAAAAAUCAACACAAACCGUUAGAAAUGUUUACUUAUCUCGAUUUAGUGGAACAGACACAGUGCGGAGGUACCUUUCCACAUCAAAGCAUAUGAAACGAAGUAAUCAUUGUGUGCCUUUCUUUACAAAUCACAAACUUUUCUGUGAGUCACAACAACAAAAACCGAAAACAACACUUCUGCAACUGCAACCUGCUUUGAAAUGUGUUCAAACAAGCCAGUUGCGACCGUUUUCCAGUGAGUCCGAUGGAGAGAAUGAGAAAAAAGUUAAACCCAUUUUUGUUGCAAUUCCCAAUCCCUUCAAACUGAUCAGAAACAAGAUCUAUUUCUGGAUGAUUCGGUCUUAUUUUGAUCCUGACUUCAAAGCAGAAGAUUUCACUGAAGGAGCUAUGCAGGCAAUGUGUACAAUAUCAAGAUUCAUUUCUGAUGGUAACUUUGACCAACUGGAGGGACUGAUGUCCAGAAAGCUUUUAGAUGAAGUCAAGGAGACAUUGAAAGACCUUGGGAUGAGAGAUCGUGCUAAUAUAGUUGUCAACACGGAUGACGUUCUGCAUAUAUUCCCACAGAAUGUUGCUGUCCAUUACGAUGAAAGUGGUGGAAAGUUUCUAAAUAUAUUGAUGCGUUUCUGGUGUCAUAGCAUGUCGUCAGAGGAGAGUGAUAAAGGAGUUGUUGGAAUGCGUAUUGGUAGACCGCCCCCUGGAGUGUCUCAAGAGGAGUUUAAUAACAUGGGCAGUGUCAUCAGCUGUACAUAUGAGUUCCACCGUGACUUUUCUCCAGGAGUUGACCCUAGCUGGAUGGUGACCUACAUUCAGCACGGUAAAUGGCUGAACACCGAGGCCCGAUGGCUUCCCAAGGAAUGGACCAGAGAUUAGUGCUGCAUGCUGAACUUGAGAUUGUCAUGGGUUGCUGUGUUUGUUCUUUGGUUCAAACACCAGCAUUUACAUUCAAAUCUUUGCACCUCGCUCAAUAUACAUGGUGUUGAAAUGAAAUGUAAACGUCGGUUGAAGUGGCACAUUGCCUGUGCUGAAUUGAAAGACACCUACACAAUUCUGUCUACCCAUAGGUAGUCUAACUUGAGUAUCAUGAGCAUAAGGCUGUACUGUCACACUUUCACUCACUCAUUAGGUCGCCGGUCACCAACAGGCGGGCUUGAGUAUGGCUUCUCCAAGUAAUUCUGUAUUACAUGAGGGUGGCCAGUUCGUCUGUUGAUUCUACACCGUCGUCCUUUUGCAAACGGGCAGCAAUAAGGCAAAGUCAAGCAGUGUUGGUUGAAGCUGAGGAGAGUAAGGGCUGCUUGGGCUGUCUAAGAACAUUGUUACAAACAACUUGUUUGGAUGAUCUUCAGGUCGUAUUGUGAACUCGGCAAACUCCCACAAGGGGAUAUAAACGCCAAGCUGGCAACAGCCAGUCUCUCUCAUACAAACAUUGGUUUAAUGUUGAUGAUUAUGAGUUGCACAAAUCGACAAACUGCAAUUCAGUAACUAGAAACAAUACUUAUUCUAGUCAUUGUUGAAUCCGCGGUUAGCUUGGGGAACUCGAACCCACAGCAUUGUAAUUGUAAGUCCUGCAGUAUAACCACUGAGAACUGAAGGAAGAUAGUAUGUGUAAUUGACAUGGCAUUUAAAUUAAAGACAGUGGACACUAUUGGUAAUUGUCAAAGACCAGUCUUCUCACUUGGUGUAUUUUAACAUGUG